AUGAUAGCAAAAAUUGUAGCAGUCAUUGCCCUCUUCGCCGUGGCGAGCGCGCGGGCGCAGUACCACCACGGUCAUGGUCAUGAGCACCACGGUCACGGACACGCAGUCUCCUCACAGAGCGUCGUGCUGCACCAAACGCAACACCACCCCGAACACCACGCCCACCACGAGGAACACAGCGAGCAUCACAACGAAGGACAUCACCACAAUCAUCACCACGACCACCACGACGGUCACGCCUCCUCAUCACAGAGCCUCCACCAGCACCACUCACAUGGCACCGAGAAACACGUCGAGUACUAUGGUCACCCUAAAUACGAGUUCUCUUACCAAGUGAAGGACCCUCACACACACGACAUCAAGUCCCAGCACGAGACACGCGACGGUCACGUCGUGCACGGCGAGUACAGCCUGCACCAGCCCGACGGCAGGGUCAGGACUGUCAAGUACCACGCCGACCACAAGACCGGAUUCAACGCUGACGUGCACUAUGAGGGUCAUGCUCAACACAUCGUUCCUGAACACCACCACCACCAUCAUUAA